GGUAGUACUGGUUGGUCAAUAACUCGGUAAGAUUGGUUGAAUUCAUUUUACAGUCCAACUCGUCAAUAUUUGUCAUUAAAUUUUGAAAGAUAAAUUAUUGGACAGUCAUUUUGUUGGGUUGUCAAGUUGAUCGUAAAUGUCAAAGUUCAAUUAUGAACAAAAUAUAGAGUGAAAUUUUCAUUCGAUCAUUCAUGAAGGUACACAAAAGGUUUAUUUAUUUUUGAAUAAACAAUAAAUAAUUGAUUAGUUAUUAUAAGAUAACUCUCAAUUGAACCAAUCGUCAACUCGUCUAAUCAAUCAUGAAUGCCAUCAAUUCAGGAUUCUCUGAAUUGAUUUCAUCUUAUAAACAUUGGGUGCAAUGUAAUCCACAAUUACUGGCUGACUUGGAGAGUACAGUAAGAUGUUUUUCUUACUUUACAGCUGGUCGAUAUAACAAUUCUACGUUGGCAUCUGAACUUAUUUAUUCCAUACCAAAUUUAAUUGAAUUGUUUAAUGAUUUAUUGAUAUCCGGUGGUAAAUAUAUGAAUUCGAAGAUACCAAAGUUGCAAUUAAAAAUAAAUAUCUGGUUAACUGUGUUAGAAUAUACGGAAGCUUUAUUCGAGGUAUCUGCACAUAGAAUUUGGGGAAAGUCCGGAAAAUGGCUUAUUAUUAUGUUCAUACAAAUAUUUAAAGCUGUGAUGAGAUUGUGUUUGAUACAUGUCUACAAAGAAAAUGUAAUUAAAAGGCCUUCCAUUAAGCCGCUCAAUAAGAAAAAAAUAAAUCAAGCAGAUGACAAAGAUAUUCAAAUGAAAGAAGGUUUUCAAUUGAAACGAAGUGGUAUCGUAAUUAGGAGUAUUAAAACCUCUAGAUCUAUAGAAACAAGAGUUUGGACACCUAUAUCGUCUAUGAGAGAUGAAAACGAGAACGUUGAUAAUGCUUUUGUAUCUAAACGAAUGUUAAUGUUGGCAGAGACUCUUUAUAUAAUAAAACCAUUGUUUCAUCUUGGUUGUUUAUCUGCAACUGGAAAAACGAAUUGGCAACCAUGGUUUUUGUCUUUAAUCAUUGAUUUAUCUAGUUUACAGUUAUUUAGUCAUUAUGGAAAAGCAGCUGCACUUAACAAAGAAGAAUGGAAUGAAAUUUAUCAAAGAAGAUUAAGUAUACUGUUAUAUAUUUUACGUUCCCCUUUUUAUGAUACUUAUAGUCGUCUUAAAAUAAUAACAAUACUAAACAUUUUAUCUAAAAAAGUGCCUUUGGCUAAACUUUUAACAGAACCGAUAGAAAAAUAUUUACCACAUUGGCAACAAAUGUAUUUUUAUAUGUGGUCACGUUAACAAAUAUUCACAUCGUUUGCGUAAGAAAUUAUAAAAUUAUAUAAGGUGCCUUACAAUAUAUAAAUAUUUCUUCCAAAAUAUUAGUCAAUCCAAUUAUAUAUCAAGCAAAAUUUAUUACGAUUAUAAAUCGUAUACUCUGCAUUUUGUAUAUUGAAAAUAUACUGCAGGAUAACGCUCAAUUAAAACAUUCCAAAUUUCUGUUUAUCCAAUUUUUGCGAGUUGGCUUGAGUCGUCCUAGGCUGAAGGACGUUUCCAGGCGACAGGUUAUCGAUAUGAAGAAGAUCGGGAAAAAAACCUCGAUAGAAAGUCUCUGAUUUCAUACGUGCUUUCAAGACGAAUAAUUAUUAUUACUUGAGCCGAGAAAUAUUAACGUACGAGAUCGUUUUAUUUACCGUUUUGUUUUUAAAUCAAAUUUAAAUGAGUUCCUCGUUUAACCCGGAGUGGUGUUUAACACUGUACAUUAAUUUUCUUUAAUAUACAAAUACGA